CUUACAAAAGAAGAAACCAAUUCAAUAAUCUGAAAAUCGAAAGCUGUCUCUUUAACAAGACAAUGGAGUCUUAUUCUUCUUCAGAUGAAAGCUUGAAGCAACAAUUAGAGGAAUUGCAGAAACAACUCGGAAAGAAACAGAGAUUCGAGGAAGCAGUUGCCUCCAUCAAUUCCCUCAUGAAGCUCCAUUACCCUUCUGCUGCUCCCUCACUUCGCAAAUCGUUUUAUUCCAUUGUUUGCCGUGUUGCGACCAUUUUGAAGACCAGAUACACCGCCCCCGGUUUCUGGCUUGCUGGUUUACGCCUUUUUGAACUCUUAGAACCUCUCGUCUCUGAUCCUUCUGAAAAUGAUCAUUUAAGGAAUUGCAUUUCUCAGGCUAUGGAACACUUGAACGAAAUUGAAAACCCCGUCCAGUCAUCCGAAUCUUCAGAAAACAGAGGUUAUCUUUUUGAAGGACAUCUUACAUUGGAUCCUGAACCACCACAACCCCAAUGGUUGGUCCAAUCGAAUCUCAUGAAUGCUUUUGCAUCUGCUGCAAAUGCUGAAUUUUCUAAGGGUUCGGCCACUAAUGUUAACAUUAUAGAAAAUGCUGCCAAUGUGCUUGAACAACUCAUUAAUCACCUUGAUACUGUUAUACCAGAGAUAUUGGAGAAUGAGGGUGGUGUUCGAAGAGUCCCACCGGCUAGUAAAGAAGUCGUUGCUAAGCUUCCAAUAUUUACUCUCACAGAAGAAAUCCUGGCUAAGCUUGGAUCUGAUGCAGAAUGUGCAAUAUGCAAGGAGAACCUUGCUGUAGGCGAUAACAUGCAAGAAUUGCCAUGCAAGCACACGUUUCAUCCUCCUUGUUUAAAGCCAUGGCUGGAUGAGCACAAUUCUUGCCCGAUUUGUCGAUGUGAGUUGCAAACAGAUGACCAUGAUUACGAGAGCUGGAAGGAGCGGGAAAAGGAGGCUGAAGAAGAGAGAAAAGGUGCCGAAAAUGCUGUUCGCGGUGGUGAAUUCAUGUAUGUGUAAUUGUGUCGAUCACUGGUCUUAUUGGAUUUAUACUCAAAUGUCAAUGAUAUUUCAUUAUUGUAUUUAACACAUGACUUAAUGGUAUAAUAAAGAUUCUGAUAAUAUAUUU